AUGUCAGUAGCCACGUCAUUCUCCAUGUCAUCAUUGUGUGACAUGGCAAUUGAAUCUCCCGAGAAACCAAGAUCAGAGAAGCGGCAGUCAUUGACGACAUCUUGGAACGCUGCUACCUGCCAUGGCUCCUGUUCAUUGACCCCAAACUGCUCCUCAGCUGUAAGCACUUCAUUGAAGUCACCCAAGCACAGCCAUGGGGCAUCCGACUGCGCUCGAAGAAACCUCAACAGGUGGUUUGCUGCAUAUGCCCUUGGAAGCAAUGACAGUGUUUCUCAUAUCAAUAAUGUGUACUUUGGAAGCAAUAAAGUGACUUCGGCCAACAUUUCUAUUGUUGUUAGUGUGGGAAAUACAAUCUUAUACCUGGAUGCUGUUAUGAUAUUUUGCCGGUGUGUGAGGAUCUUUAGAGUUGCUGGAAGAAGCUAUAGAAUUGGACUCGGCUGCUGUGCAAGAUCCUUUUGUGCGCAGGCGAGCAGAACAUACGAGCUUUUCAUGCAUUUGUCACUUGGUAAACUCUGCAAACAUAUCAUACUAUGUCAAGCAAUGGCUCCUUCAAUUGGUCAUGCUGUUGGGUGUUGCUGGGUGGUGUGUAACGCCAUCUGGCCCCAAGAAUUUGAAGCAGACCCUGCAUAUUAAUAGCAGUUGAUGUUA